UGUGACGUGAAUGAUAAUUUCUAACAGCAUUUGAAUUUCAUUUUACGCAUCGUGUCUGUAUUUGGAUUCGAAAGUAAAUUGUAUUCUAAAAUUUAAACGGUUCUGUUGUCAGAUUUAUUGCUAUAACGUGUGAACAAGGAAUCAAUCGUGAUUGCUGUAAUUUGAAGUAUAAUUUACAGCGAUAACUUUUAACCCAAUAAUGGGAAGCAGCGGCCAAUUAUAUAGUCUCUCCUGGGGAGAGUUUAAUUCUUCACUGGCUUCUGCGGUACAAGUAUUAAGAGGUCAUGGUGAUCUGGUUGAUGUUACUUUAGCUGCUGGGGGACGUAGCUUUCCUGCACAUAAGAUAGUUCUCUGUGCAGCUAGUCCUUUCUUGCUAGAUUUAUUAAAGAGCACUCCAUGUCAACAUCCAGUGGUCAUGCUAGCUGGUAUAGGUGCAGAUGACUUGGAAUCAUUAUUGGAGUUUGUGUAUCGGGGCGAAGUGAGUGUUGAACCAUCUCAGUUGCCAUCUCUGCUGCAAGCUGCUCAUUGUCUUUGUAUUCAUGGAUUAACACCACCUACUAUAUUAACUGAAAAUGGAGAAGAGGUUCCAGCAUCAGCUAUACCAACCACAAAUGAAGCCUUAUCAAAGGAAACUAGUCCCUACUUUCCAUUAAAACGAAGAAAGAAAAGAAGAAAGUCUUCUUCGUCUUCUGGGAAAUGGCCACGCACUGGUAAUAAUGCUGAUAAUGAAAAUAAGCCUACAGAUGAUCAUAAAGAUGAAGAAAAUGCAGAACAUGGUGAUGAUGCAGCGAACGAUCGAUUGGAAUAUUCAAAUCAUCGGAGUUGUCAUUCGCCGUGUGCUCAAGAAGCGCAACCAGUGUCGACAGAAAAUUCUCAACCGGGACCGCAUCAGGAUCAGAUAUCGGAUAGUGAAUCGCAUCUCCACACUUUAAUGCCAAUGCAGCCAUAUUCUCCAUUGCACAUACCACAAUUUCCCGGCCCCCUCGGUAUGGGCUUUCCUCCUGGUAUACCACUUCCGCUAGUUAAUCAGGGUUCAACUGCUGGUACGGCGUCUUGUGGUUUAGCCGGGAACAUGAAUUUAUCAAAAAUACGCGGUGCGUCUGAUUGUCCAGGUGUUUGUCCGCUUUGCGGUGCAACGUUGCGGCAAGCGAGAAAUCUGCGAAGACAUCUGUUGUCCUCUUGCAAAUAUCGGUUUAGUAGUAAUUCAGUUCAAAAUUCGCCGGCUGACACGAUGAUGAUAGAAGUGAAGCCUGAGGUCGAGCUGCCCGGUUACAAUGACCAAUCGAUAGCCUACGGAACCGAUAGCGGAAGUAGUACCUGCGAGCAAAUAAUUUGUAAGCCCAGUCCACUUCCCUCGCCGACGUCACAGGGACCGAAUGUUGUUUCGCCACAAAGCAACAUUACGUCGCCGACGAUUGCCAGAUGAAUGUACAGAAUGAAUUUAAACGCGACAAUUCAAUACAAACAGAAUUACUGUUUGAUUCUGUUAUCGUGAUUCAAGGGCUAUCACGUGUAUCGUUCAGUGAUUUUAUUUUACACUGAUAUACAUGUAGA